AUGUAUGGCCAGCUUUCCACCUGCAGGCCAACCCAUGGGAGCUCGUUCUACUUUAUUUACCAUCACCUCGUUCGAGGUUGCGUGGUCAACGUGUCGAGCGAGCUCAGAAAUGGAUUCUCUGGGAAGGCAAAGAAGGUGCAGCGUGAAUUUCAAUGGGCUUUGGUUACUAGAAUUAUUGUUUAUCAAGAAAUAAAUGGAAAGAACUUGAAUUUAGACUGA